AUGCUGCUCUGGCUCUGGCUCUGGCUCUGGCUCUGCGUCUGCUGCUGCCCGGGCCGCGGUUUGCGCAUCCAUGAAUAUUUGUACUUCCAAGUGCUGAGCCCCGGAGACAUCCGCUACAUCUUCACUGCCACCCCAGCCAAGGAUUUUGGUGGCGUGUUUAACACAAGGUACGACCAGAUCCACCUGGUGCCUGCGGAUCCCCCGGAGGCCUGUGGAGAGCUGAACAAUGGGGUCUUCAUCCAGGACCAGAUCGCCUUGGUGGAGAGAGGGGGCUGCUCCUUCCUGUCCAAGACGCGAGUGAUCCAGGAGCACGGCGGGCGGGCCGUGAUCAUCGCUGACAACGCCUACGACAACGACAGCUUCUACAUCGAGAUGAUCCAGGACAGCUCCCGGCGCACGGCCGACAUCCCCGCGCUCUUCCUGCUGGGCAGGGACGGGUACAUGAUCAGGCGCUCCCUGGAGCAGCACGGGCUCCCCUGGGCCGUCAUCUCCAUUCCUGUCAACGUCACCAGCAUUCCCACCUACGAAAUGAUGCAGCCCCCUUGGACCUUCUGGUAGCAACAAAAGGCUGUGGCAGAUCGAGGACUUCCUGGUGGAUCCCAGGAUCUUGCCCUAAGGACCAGGUUUGAGGAAAGGAUCCCAACAUGCUCCGGAGAUCCCGCUGGAUUCGGCGACAAGGAGAUCUUUCUGCUGGCACCGGUGUGGCGGAGGGCAAACACCAAUGCCAGGGGGAACCUUGAGCCUGGCACUGAGCUGUGACUGUGUGCGAGGGAGGUGAGGGCCCAGAGCAGGCCAGCCCUCCCCAGAGAACGCUGGACCUUGUGCUGCUGAUUUGGAGGGAUGCAGGGCUGGGGGG